UUUCUGUGGGGCCCUGGGCCCCCUCAAAGGGAGAGAGUAGGAGGUCCUGGGCAGCUAGGGCUUGGGACUGAACCCAGGGCUGGGGGGUGGAGGCUGGAUCUUGUCCCCAGUGGAAGUGUCCCUUUAAUAGCUUGCUGGCCUGGUCCGGGUAGGCUGCUGCCUGUACCUCCUUCAGCAGUGGCUGCAGCUGUUGUGCUGACUCAUGUGCUCCAGCAGCCGGCAGGAGCUGGAAGCAUGGGCUCCCCAGGGGCCAUGGCGGGCUGGGGGCUUCUGGAUUACAAAACGGAGAAGUAUGUGAUAACCAGGAAUUGGCGGGUGGGCGCCCUGCAGAGGCUGCUGCAGCUUGGGGUCAUGGCCUACGUGGUGGGGUGGGCUCUCCUCGCCAAAAAAGGAUACCAGGAGCGAGAUCUGGACCCGCAGAUUUCCAUCAUCACCAAACUCAAAGGGGUUUCGGUGACCCAGAUCAAGGAGCUGGGUAACCGGCUGUGGGACGUGGCGGACUUUGUGAAGCCACCACAGGGAGAGAACGUGUUCUUCUUGGUGACCAAUUUUCUUGUGACGCCAGAACAAGUUCAGGACAGAUGCCCAGAGCACCCCUCCGUCCCGCUGGCUAAUUGUUCGGCUGAUGAGGACUGUCCUGAAGGGGAGACGGGGAUUCACAGCCAUGGCAUAAAAACGGGCCAAUGUGUGGAAUUCAAUGGGACCCACAGGACCUGUGAGAUCCAGGGCUGGUGCCCCGUGGAGAGCAGCACUGUGCCUGUGAAGCCCCUACUGGUCCAGGCUGAGAACUUUACCCUAUUCAUCAAGAACACAGUCACCUUCAGCAAGUUCAACUUCUCCAAGUCCAAUGCCUUGGUCACCUGGGAUGACACUUACUUCAAGCGCUGCCGCUAUGACUCACGCUACAGCCCCUACUGCCCUGUGUUCCGCAUUGGGGACCUCGUGGCUGCAGCUGGAGGGGUCUUUGAGGACCUGGCAUUGCUGGGAGGUGCCGUGGGUGUCCGAAUCCACUGGAAUUGUGACCUGGAUGCUGGGGGUUCCGACUGCCGGCCCCACUACUCCUUCCAGCUUCAGGAGAGGAGCUACAACUUCAGGACAGCCAUCCACUGGUGGAAGGCCUCAGGUGGGGAGGCCCGGAGUCUGCUCAAGCUCUAUGGGAUCCGCUUUGACAUCCUCGUCACCGGGCAGGCAGGGAAGUUCGGGCUCAUCCCCACGACAAUCACUCUGGGCACUGGAGCAGCUUGGCUGGGCGUGAUCACCUUCUUCUGUGACCUGCUGCUGCUGUACGUGGAUGGAGAAGCCCAUUUCUACUGGAGUACCAAGUAUGAGGAGGCAAAGGCCCCGAAGGUCAGCCGCAGCCCUGAGCAGACAGAGCCAGCUUCUACACCUCCGCACGUGGCUGCCCAGCUGUCUUAGAGGGGACCCAGUCUGGGAACCAGACACCAACACCAGAGUGGCCAUGCCCAGGCUCCCCACCCCCCUGGCCCAUUUCUGUGGCUGUUUGUUGCUCUUUGCAGGGUAGGGGCCCCAUGUUGGGGACCUGCUGGAUAAAGUCCCAGCAGGAGCAGGGUGGGGGUUGGGGAGAAUUCCACCCUUCCACUCCCAGACAGACUGACCAUUCCCUGACUCCAGCUUCCACAGGGAGCUGCCUGGGUCAGGGGGCACAGAAGCCAGCUUUGUAUAUAGACUCGCAGCAGAACAGGUGCUGCAGGGAAGGGGAGGCCCUGGGGCACCCACGUGGCAGGGCAGUGGGCCAGUGGGCAUCCUGCUCUGUCUAGGUCUAGAGAAUUCUCUCCCAGUCUCUGUCAGUGUUCCCAGUUCCCUACUUAGCAGCUGUCAGCACUGGCCCUCCCACUGGCUGCGGCCGACUCCAGCCCUCCUCCCUCUGCCAGCAACCCACCCUUAUUGUAGGUAGAGUUCCCCCAUCUCAGCUACCCUGCACUGGGAUCUGUGUAAGCCAGCUCUGAAGCAAGGUAGAAGGAAGCCUGGCAAGAGGAGUUAUCUCCACUGCUCUGGUGUUGGGUCCCCUAGGACAGGUUCCUCCCCAACUCUGGGCCUUGAGCAUAGAAUAAAGAGUGGGUCAGCAAAUAAUCCAACCCCUUGAGAACUCCAGGCAAGGGCAAGACACCCUUUGGUCUCACACCUGCCCAGUUUGUGAGCAUCAGCCCAUCUCUGGUGGUAGCCCUUGGGCUUUGGGGUUUGGGAUAGGGAGGAGAGGGUAGAGGAGCUGAGAUGGUGGUCAUUGGGUCCUUUGGAAUCUUCUAUAAGCUUCCUUAUUACCCCCCCCCCAGUCCAACUCCUAGAACCCACACCCUGGAGCCAUGGGGUAGGAAAGCUGUACUCUGGAAUUUAUUGCUGUCCAAGGUCAUAUCUAAGAACCUGUCCGGGCAUCUGCUUGUCCCAGCCUGAGGCAACUGCAUGCAGGAGACCUUGAUCAUAACCCCAGGCAGAACCCAGUGGCUAGAAGGAAUGUCCCUAACAAAGGACACAAAGGCCCCCAGCAGUCUGCCUUGGUAUCUUUCUGGGGUCUGAGUCUCUCCUGCUGGAGAAUGUCCCCUGUCCCGGAGUCCCCUGUCCCACAGUCAGAAAGGGAGGAAGAAGGGCUGCAGGAGCCAAACUCCCUGUGUUCCGAGGGCAGAGGCAGGAAUUUGGGAGUACGAGGGGCUCCAGGUGUGCUGGUUGCUUGGUGGCAGAACAACGAAGACCAGCUGGGGAGGGCUGGGACUCGGGCUCAGGCUGGGUUAGCAUCUGGAAUCAUUUGGCUUCUGGAGUCUCAGCAAAGCCUCGGGGUCUCUGCUGCUUCUCAAUCCAGAGAGCAGUAUCCAUGGGGAGGCAGGUUGAGGAGAGCCAAGGGGAAAAAACAUGGUUCUGAGGCCUGGUUAUUGGAGUGGGGUCCCAUGUACCUGGUUGUCCUCAGGGGCCAAAAGAAAGCCGUCAUAGCUGCAGAAAAAGUCAAGGAGUAAAGCCUGCUAAAGCCAGCAGCUUCCUGUGUUGUCCUUCUAGGCAGGAUUGGGGACUUGGAAGCAACUCUGAUAGACCUAGUUUGGCUUUAGGGAGAUCACAGGGGGAAGGGGCAUGGUGGGCCUGGGGACCCCCCAAGGACUGGGGCCUCACAGCCACCAGCUGGGCUGGAGGUCCCUGGAGGCAUGUAUCCCAUACAUGGUGUACCAUCCUGAGCCUUUAUCGCAAAGCCCUUGAGGGACAGGGGAGAGAGGGAGGAGUGCCAGCUAUGACAGACAGCUGUGGCUAGGGCCUGAGGCUGGAAGCAGCUGUUGCCUCCGUCUGCCUGUGGGUGCACACCGCCAAGGUAGCUCUGCAGGCCACGUAGGUACACACCUCAGAGGAGCCCUGGGCAGGCCUCGGGGACAUGCUAUGCUUUCUGGGAGCCUUGGGAACCCAGGAGGACCCUGGAACUCCCCUGCCCUUCCUCGACAACCUUUCUGGGGCCCAGACUUUGCUCUCUAAUCUGCCUCCCCCAACCAAGGGACAUACGGGGAGAGCCUGGGGUGGGGGGAGCCUGAAUUUGCCCUUUUCAUGGACUCUUCCUCUCUUGGUGUGUGUAGGGGUAUAUAGAGCUCCCCUCUGAGCUGGGCUGAGGGCACUAGCCCUCCCCUAGGACCCAGGCCAGGUGGUGUGUCUGAUUCAGGGUAGUCCCAGAGCUGGUGCCUCCCUCUUGCCAAACCUCGGCAUCUUUGCUAUGAAUUGGAGACAAAAACCUGGUUCUUGGGCGGGGGGGCAGGAAAGCACUCAGCGCCACAAGGAAUGAAACAGUGGACACAGGGCACCUGAGUGGCUCAGUGGGUUAAAGCCUCUGCCUUCAGCUUAGGUCAUGAUCUCAGGCUCCUGGGA